AUGUCGACGGUGACCCGCGCCUACCUCGACCAGAGGCUCGCCGCCGCCAAGCGCUGCUCCAGAGAGGCCGCCAUGGCCGGAGCCAGCGCGGCCGUCGCCACCGUCGCUGCCGCAGUCCCCACACUGGCGAGCGUGAGGAUGCUGCCGUGGGCGAGGGCGCACCUGAACCCGACCGGGCAGGCCCUCAUCAUCUCCACCGUCGCCGGGAUGGCCUACUUCAUCGUCGCCGACAAGACCAUCCUCUCCAUGGCCAGGAAGCACUCCUUCGACGACGCGCCGGACCACCUCAAGAACACCUCCUUCCACUAAUAAUUCGACUAUAAUAGAUCCAUUAGUAGUGGGUAAUAAUCUGCACGCCAGCCUGGAAGUGUCUGCUGAAAGAUAGUACUGUAAUGUUCAGGCAGCACUUAUCUGAGAUCAGGCGAGGCUUGCAGACAGCCAGUGGCGUAGUACUGCGCUUCUCUGCGCGCAAGAACUUAUCUGAUGAAGUGAUCAUGUAUCCACCCAUUAAUCUUGAAUUAAUAGUAAUAACUUGCGUUUGUACAA